AUGGCAUCUGCAACAGCACGUUAUCCAUUAAAACCAAAAACUUUAACUUUACUUGAAUUAUGUCAAUCAUUUCAUGAUUUUCGUCAUCCACCAGUAUCCUUAUCAUCAUAUCAAUCUCAAUCAUCAUCAUCAUCAUCAUCAUCAUCAUCAAAUUCUUCACAUGUUCUUACUCGUCGUAUUUAUCUUCAUCCAUUAACAUUAAAUCCACAUUCAAAACAACAUUCAUUAAAACAUUCUUCUGUUCAUUCUCUUACAACAUUUGAUCAUGAACAACGUUCUCAUCAAUUAAAUUCUGAUAAAAAUCGUGAAAUACAUCAUAUUAAAAAUAAAUCAUCAUUUCAUGGUCUUGCUGUUCUUUCAUCAUCAGCACCAAUAACAACACGUAUCAAUACAAAAUCUGAUACUCGACAUAUUCGAGAUAAACAAUUUCUAAAUAUUGAUGAAGAUAUAAAUAGUGAUUAUGAUGUUAGUACAUUAACUAUAUCAUCAAGUCAACCUAGUUUACAAUCACUUACACGUGGUACAUCAUCAAGUACACAUACAAUAUGUACACGUCCAUCAUGUGUAAUGAAUAAUCGAAAAACUUAUUUUAAAUCAAAUCAUUGGGAUAAAGUUGAUGUAUGGAAUCAUUUAGAUCGAACAUUAGAACGACCAAUGCCAACUGAUCCACCAACAACACCAUUUAAUACUGUUGUAGAUUUAAAUAAAGAAAAUGAUGAAUUACAAGAACAAUAUUCAAAUUAUAAUUCUAUUCAAGAAAUUAAAAUCUAUAAACGAAAUCCAAUACAAAAAACAAAUAUAGAUCAAAAUGAUGAUAAUGAUAAUUAUGAUGAUUAUUCUAUGUAUUAUGAAAAUUAA